GGGGAAGUACUAUUCACAUACAGUGAAUAUUAUUAUUCAACCCAGAUUAGUUUUGACUUUUUAGGAGCUUUACUUUUUAGGAGCUUGUCCGACUCUUUUAGGAGCUGUUUUUAGGAUUUCUUGUUCCCCCUAUUUCCGACUCGCAUAACAACUGCAACAAGGUACUCAACAAAGCACCUCGUGACGCAGAACUUCGACGAGCUCUACUCUCGUGGCGGAAAACGUUUUUCAACGAGAGUUUGCCUGCUCUCUCCUGUUCUACGAGCGGCUCUCCAGCAGCUCCAAAGAACAGCGACUACCUAUAUUAAAUAUAAUCUUAAUACCAAAACGACCAAAAGAACUAC